AUGGCCACCUCAAUCAAAGAAGGCCACCAUGAUGGGCACAGCCUGGGGACACGAGGCUGGACCGUGCCCAGGGCGCAGGCACCGACCGCCCCCAGCGUCUGCGCCGCAUUCAAAACCAGCCCCGGGGGGAAAGUCCCCACCGAGGAGGAUUUACAUGAGCAGGAAAGGGGCCGUCUCGCGUCGCGGCAGCUUUUGCUGUUUUUAGGUGGGAUCUCAGCAGACAAUAACAGCACCAGCAACAGCACAGGCAGCGGGUGCCCCAUGGUGCAGCAGCACCCGCGCUACGUGGCGGCCAAGAGGAACAUGCCCGUCCACUUCAUCUGCUACUCCCAGGACCCCCACAGCAUGCAGUGGUACAAAAUGACGGAGGACAGCGAUGAACUCUACGAGCUGGGCCACAGCACCUCCCGCUACAGCAUCGAGAGGAAAGACAAAUUCAUCAACUUCACCAUCUUCAGGAUCACCUAUGAGGACAAUGGCAUCUACGUGUGCGACAGCAAGAACCUCACGGCAGAGAAGAAGCAGCCGCACUUGUGCGGGACAGAGCUCAGAGUCAUGGGUCACAGAAACAUCCAGCAGAUCCAGAGCAGGAACACCCUGAAAGACGCCAUCAUCAUCAUCCAGUCCAUCCUGCUGGUCGUCUUCAUCAGCGUCCCCCUGCUCCUCUUCCUAGACAGAGGUGAACACAAGGAAAGCCCAGAGGAGGACCACACCUACGAGGGCCUGGCGGUGGAGCAGAUGGCCACCUAUGAGGACAUCACUCCUUUCCGGGACAUGAAGGCCAAGUGGACAGUUGGGGAGCACCCAGGCGAGGAGUGA